AUGUCUGAUUUAAGUCUUCAACUGCAGCAGGCCGCAAGCCAACUUAAGGUUUCCAGUUACUUCGACGAAGCGCUGUUCCAGCGCGAAAAGGAAGCCCUCUUCCAGCGCGGGCCCCGGUAUGUGGGGCACCAACUCGCCGUCCCCAACGUGGGGGAUUACCACGCCCUGCCGCAGGAAGCCGGCGGGAGGGCCCUGGUGCGCACCGCCAACGGUGUCGAGCUCGUCUCCAACGUCUGCCGGCACCGCCAGGCCAUCAUCCUCAAGGAUCGGGGCAACCUGCGGGAGACCCGCAGCGGCAGCGCGGGCGGCAACAUCGUGUGCCCGCUGCACCGCUGGACCUACAGCGGCAUUCAGGGCGGCCAGGCCGGCCAGUUGCUGGGUGCGCCCCACUUCGACAAGGACCCGUGCCUCAACCUCAACAACUACCCGCUUCGCGAGUGGAACGGGUUGCUGUUUGAAGACAACGGCCGCGACGUGGCCGCCGAUCUCGCCAACAUGGGACCGCGCGCUGCGCUCGAUUUCGACGGCAUGGUGCUCGACCACGUGGAGUUGCACGAGUGCAACUACAACUGGAAGACCUUCAUCGAGGUCUACCUGGAGGACUACCACGUGGCGCCCUUCCACCCGGGGCUGGGUGGUUUCGUCACGUGCGAAGACCUGCGCUGGGAAUUCAAACCCGAGUACUCGGUGCAGACCGUGGGCCCGGCCAACCUGCUGGGCAAAGCCGGCAGCCCGGUGUACCAGCGCUGGCACGAACAGCUCAUGCGGUACCGCCAGGGACAGAUGCCCGAGCACGGCGCGAUCUGGCUGACCUACUACCCGCACAUCAUGGUGGAGUGGUACCCGCACGUGCUCACGGUGUCGACCCUGCACCCGGUGAGCGUGGACAA